AUGGCCGGGGACGCCGUCGUCUUCAUGCGCCGCGCCGACGGGGAGCUGCUCGCCGGGAUCCGCCGCGCGCCCAGGUCCGAGGAGGGGGACGAGGCCGUGCGGCUCGCGGCAGAGGGCACGCUCUUCACCGUCACCUACUACCCGCGCCAGGGCGCCGGGGAGUUCGUCGUGCCCAAGCAGGAGGUGGAGGACGCGCUGAUCGGCGCCUGGGCACCCGGCGUGCAGGUGCGCAUGAAGUUCCUCGACGCCGAGGAGCGCCGCUCCGAGUGGAACAACGGCGCCGUCAAGGCCGUCGAGUCGUCGACCCCUCCAUCUGGCGCAUGCUCGAGAAUAGGAUGAAUGUCACGGCAGCAGCUGCAAACUCCAAGAACGUUAUUGUCAUGGGGGGCACCAGUUUCAAUUGUGUCUUCUUGCAAGCUCCUUGUCAAUGAGAGGCACAAGGAGCACUAAGAAAUUAUAUGUUUUCUUAAGGGUCACAUCACACGAGGAAACUCUCACCCACAGCCAUGAAAUUUCCAAUUGAAUCAAAUGCAAAUUAUACAUAGUGCUCUUCCAAGCCACAGUUCAACCCCCACUUCUUGCCGCUCGCCUUCAGCCCCAGGAAGACGAUUAAAUAUUUUACCUCAAUCCAUAUAUCAGAUCUCGUGCUCAAGAAGACGAUGGUGAAGAGCAUGAUAAUGAUCCAAAUGUAUGUUAACAAUUGGUCCAGUUUAGAAAUCUAAACAGGAAAGCUGAGGUGCCAUUUAGUUUAUACCCAGGUCCACCUCGCCAGAGAUGGUGCGUGCAGAUAUUUUGGCGAACGAUUCCCCUGCCCCUGUUUCGCCUGUCCGUGGACGCAGAAUGAAAGCAGCGACCAGUUUUUUUUGGCAUGACUCCUGUAAUUGGGUUUCAAUCCAAACAGUACCCAGUCAAUGCCGAACUUCUUACUCAAUAUGACUCCUCAGGUUUCAUUUGUUGGGGAGGCAGACAGAAACAACGAUAACUAAUAUUUUUUCUUUUCACUCACAAUAAUAUUGUCAUCAGAUACAAUUGCUAUCAGGUUAGUGUUUUGUGAGCUUUCAUCAUGUCCCUUUAUGGAACUUUUAAAUGUUGAUUAUCAUUUAUCACUGCUGCUACUUUAUGCAGAGUAUUGAUGUUUGUACUGAAGGAAGUCCAAAAGUCUUAUCGAUGCAGGCAAGACACUUGAUAUGACAAAUUUCAAGUGGAAACGAACAAAUAUUAUGCUUGUUCAUCGCUUGAUGUCUACCCUGACUAUUCUUUCAUUUGAAUCUCGCUAAUAACAAGUUUUUA